AUGAAGUGGCUGAAGCAGGGAGGUGCAGCCCAGCUGGGGAGAGAGAGGGCGCGGCAGCAGGAAUGGGACCCCCACCCGGCCUAUGCCUUCUACACAGAGGCCACCGCCGGGGGGUCCAGCGGGCGUGCCACCUCCACCUACAACUGGACAGAGGACUGGAAAAUGAGCGGACUGGGAGGGAAUGAGGGUGAGUGGAGCUACAGCUACACAUGGACCCAGCACGGACAGCGGGCCAGCACACACUCUGAGAGCGCAAGUAACUGGCAGCAGCAGGCGCUCCAAACUCCAGCAGAUUCUGCGCAGAGCAAGAGCCUGCGCGUGCUGGGGCUGAGUCACAGAGCGGCGCUGACAUCUGCGGCCUUACAAGAGGCAUUUAGAAAGUGCGCGCUGAUGUGGCAUCCUGACAGGCACCCGGGUCCUACCAAGCGAUCGGCCGAGGAAAAAUUUGAAGAGGUGCAGGCAGCCUACCAGCUGCUGAAAACCACGUGUACCCUGUAG